AUCAUUGGGAAGAGAGGAAGAACUAGUUUACUCUAAAACUGGGACAAAUUCAAAAAGCAUUAAAAUAAAAGCAAGCUGAACAACUAACAGAUAUGAUUUCUACCAGAAGAGAUUUGUUCUCUGUUUUCAACAACAUUAUUGAGGAUAAGAAAUUUUGUGCUACUUUCAUACUCAUCAAUUUAUUUUACUGCUUAAAUUGUCCACUUGUGAACUGUUUUUUGUGAAAUAGGUUCUGGUGCAACGAUGUGCUCUAUGCAGAGAAGAUCAUACAGAGGCAAAUGGCUUAAUCUUUUGUGACACUUUAUCACAGCAUUUUGCCAUGUCCCUCCAACAGGGUCAUGAUAUGAACAGAAAAGACAUAGUUUCCAAUUUAAGAAUGACAAUGCAUAUUUCAUGUGCAGGAUCUGAGAUGCUGUCAAGCAGUGAUGUUGACAGCUUGGGAGUGGAAGACUUCAUCAAUUCAGUUUAUGUGUAUGCAGUCGCCUUGUCAAAUCUCAUCAGGGACACCUGCCCAGACGGAAGGGUCUGUGAUGCUCUCUUUGAUGUGCCAAGUGAGGAUUGGAUUGAACACCUCAGAGCAGUGGAUUUUGUCAGUCAUGUUGGUUUGAGGAAGAGAGUGAAGUUUGAUGAGAAUGGAGAUGGCCCUGCCCAUUAUUCCUUUUACCAGUUAACUGAAAUGAAUGGGGUCUACCAAUACGGCCAGGUUGGUGGAUGGACAUCUGAUGGAGGCCUUGAUCUGAACAAGGAUUUGCUGAAAUUCUAUGGGCAAGAUGGCUCUAUUGUUGAUAUGCCUGAGUCACCAUGUUUAGAAAAAUUCUGUGGUGAUCCCGUAUGCCACUAUGCCGAUGAUCGAAUCGAAUUUGUCAUAGAGGCUCUCUUUGAUCUUCAUGGAGGUGAAUGUGGUGCUCUUCAAGAGAACAGAUUCACCCAAGUGGAGGCAGCUCUCUUUGCUGUACGUCAAAUUAACCGUUACUCCGAUCUCCGGAUGGACGCAAGGAUGUCCUUGACAAUUAAUGACAUUUGUGGGGAUACAGCUGAUGCUGGUAGGGCAGCUUUACGAUUGGUCCAAGGAUGGGACUUUGAUGGAGGGUUUCCAGGCCAAGAUCAGCAAUCCUAUCUCUUGGGCAUGCUGCAUUCUGGGAGCAGUGGUAAGGCCAUUGCAGAGAGCAAAGUCCUGCAGGUUGCAGAUGUGCCGCUGAUUGCUAGCAGUGCCACCAGUCCAGCACUCAGUGACAAGAGCAUGUUUGGCAAUUUUCUUCGUACGGUACCUUCAGAUAUCAAACAAGCUGCUGCUAUGGUUGAAUUGUUAACAAGAUUAGGAUUAACUUACAUACAGACAAUCUAUACCAUGGGCGCUUAUGGAGAAGGAGGUAUCAAGGCUCUUAAAGAGGCAGCAAAAGAGAAAGGAAUCUGCAUAGCCAACUCCCAUUUCAUAGACUCGGACACCAAUUUUGCCAAUCUGCUGAAUAACAUAUUGGCCAAACCAGAAGCAAGAACAUUGGUCCUUUUCUUGAUUGACGAAAAUGCUCAAGCCUUAUUUGGAGAGAUGCUAACAAGAAAUGUGGAUCCAAGUCAAUUUCAGAUCGUUGCAUCGGAUACUUGGGGUGCCAGGACUGACUACAUACCUGGCUUAGAAAAUCAAGCUUUGGGAGCAUUUACAGUUUCUCCCAAAACAUCAGUGAUCCUAGAGUUUGAAGAGUACUUCCUCCAACAGACUCCCGGGACUCACAAUGGCAUUAAUCCUUUCUUCAUCGAAUACUGGACACAGAAAUUCAAAUGCAACCUUCCUGGUGGUGACACAACAUAUGACAAAAACUGUACAGGUUCAGAGAUGCUGUCAAGAAAUGAUGUGAACAGCCUUGGAAUGGAAAACAUCAUCAAUGUUGUGUACGCCUACGAAUUUUCUCUAUCUAACCUCAUUGGUGAACUUUGUCCUGGGGGAGGUAUCUGUGAUGCUCUCUACAAUGUGACAAGCCAGGGAUGGUUGGAUUACCUUCAAGAAGUUGCUUUCAUCAGUCAGUUUGGCUCAAAGAAGUUGGUUAGCUUUGACGAAAAUGGAGAUGGAACAGCAUCUUAUUCAAUAUACCAGCUCCAGCACAUGAACAAUGUGUACCAUUUGCAAGAGGUUGGUUCCUGGGAUGAUGUGAUCGGCGUAUCCAACCUUACUGAUGUCAUCAUUGAUCCUAUGUUCUCUUCACAAUGUACUGGCUUGUGUUUGGAAUGCAAUCCUCGAUCUGCUACAAACAGCACCUUUGAUCAAGACAACUACUUCCGUAUACCCGGGGACUUGGACUUACCUGUCGUGCUUCAACUCAGUGAGUCUGGAGAUGGGGUAACUUGUGGAGAUCCCAAGCCUGAAGAAUCACUGGUUCUUGAAUCCCUCCUCUAUGCUCUUGACAAGGUUAAUUCUGACCCCUCAAUUCUACCUGGAAUUAACCUUGGUGUGACUGUAGUGGAUUCCUGCGGGAAUCCUGCAGUUGCCAUAUGGAAGCUUGUAGGGCUGUUGGGUGGUUUUGUCAAUCUUGAAGGUACUGGAAAACCUUUUGCUGUUCUGGGUCCAGCUAAGUCUGAUGUUGCUGAGGAGAUUGCCGAAAUCAUAACUGGUCUAAGUAAACUGCCAAUGGUCAGCCACGGUGCUGUCAGUCCCAGUCUCAGCAACAAUCCCCGCGUGUUGAGCACAUCCGCCCCAUACAUCGAAGAAGUUGCUGCUAUCAUUGCAAUCUUGAAUGCAUAUAAUUGGGCUUAUGUGGGAGUAGUACACUCUGCUUCUCCAUAUGGCAAGGCCAACAAUCAGGAAUUCCAGGUGGCUGCCUGGGAAGCUGGGAUUUGCAUUGGACCACAGCACUUUGUUAAUGAUACAACAGAUAUCCAAGAUAUCAUGAACGAUUUCAGCAGUGAUGAGUCUCUGAAUGUCAUUGUGGCAUUUGUCAGUGAGAGACACGCCAGAAGUCUGUUGUUUGCAGAUAAAUUUGAACUGACUAGGAGGUUUGUGUGGGUGGGGACGCACACAUGGGACUCUCUUACAUUGGUGUCUGGUCUCGAAAACACAGCCAAAGGAAUGUUGGUGGUGGCCAGUGACAGCCAAGAUCUUCCUGAAAUACAGGACUACUUCUCAAAUUCAGACAGCCUACGAGCUGCAAGUUUAAGAGAUCCGUAUCUCAGAGAUUAUCUCCAGGAAAUCUGUCCCAGCUUAUCCGACUGCCAGCUUGAAAAUCAACUCCAAGAAUCCCUCAAAGAGUUGUCUGGAGAAAUUGUUCCAUUGGUCAAUGCUUUGUAUGUAGCUGCUCAUGGUGUCAACUUGCUCCAUGACAUAAAAUGUGGUUCAUCCAGUGAUGAACUAUGUAAGAGUUUCUAUGAUUCAUCUCCUGAUGAGAAGGUGGAUGCUAUUCGUCGUGUGACAGUGGAAUCUGGGGCUGGUGGGAAACCUUUCUUAUUCAAUGGAGGGAGUGUUCCAGCGGCUUACAGCAUCAAAAACUACCAGUAUGAUGGGCAAAAUGGACAAUUCCUUGUUGUUGGUGAAUGGCACAACAAUCAACUGAGCAUUCGGAGUGCAGGUGUGAACUUGUACAGCCCUGAUGCAGAAGAGCCUCAAAGAAGUCCAUCUGGAUGUUCCUGUGGUCCUCUUCUUUCACCCGAAGGAGCUUACUCACAGCAGGCGCAUGUCUGGAGCUGGAUAGAUCAUGGUAUAUGGGCAACCGUUGUCCUUGCUCUGUCUGGACUGUGUGGAGUGUUUGCAGUCUUGAUAGCCAUCUUGUUUCUCAGUAAUCGGCAGAGUUAUGUUGUUCAGAGUGCAUCUUUCAGUCUCAGCGCGUGGCUUCUCUUUGGUAUCGUCCUCAUGUACCUCCUGAAUCUGGCUUUCAUGUUUAAGCCCAAUACAGCUAUCUGUGGCAUCCGUCGGUUUGGCAUCAGUUUUGUGUACUGCAUGGUGUAUGCUGCUAUGUUUGCCAAAAGCAUCCGUGCCAAUCGAUUUGCACGCAAACAGCCAGGUGUUGACAUGAACUUUGCUGGCUCUUGGUCUCAGUCUCUGUUAUUCUUGGCCUUUCUUCUUCCUGAAAUUUUCCUGAUCGUUGAGUGGCUUGUCCUGAUCCCCCCUGGUGUCAGUUUGCCCUCUGUAAACAGUGACACUUGUGCAUCCAGUUCAGUGCAAACGUGUGCAAUUUCCAACAUCGAUCUAACCAUCUUCAUGAUGUAUGCCUACUUCUUGGUCCUGGUCACAUUCUUCUCCUCCUUUGGCGCCCUCAACUCCCCCCAUGCCCAGCAUGAAGGUAAAUCCAUCUCAGUCAGUAGUCUGUUUAGCAUCUUGAUUCUGACUGCCUGGGCCUGUGUGCUGCACCUGGCUGACCCCCUGUAUGGUAUUCCGGGUAUCUCCAUCGGUCUGACGGCAGAUGCCACAAUCAUUCUGGUGCUCAUGUUCCUGGGAAAAGUAGGAGCCCUCACCAAGAAGGAGGAAGCCGACGGUGGUAACAAGAAAGUCAGAGAUGCUGAUGUGGAAGAUAGGCCAGAGAAGGUGAUAAAUGUGUACGAGAAUGCUGGAGCUGUAUCCGAUGAGGCAGUACAAGACCAAACCCCUCUCUGAGCUGAUCCCUGGACGAAGAACUCCAAAAUUGGCACUUGAGCAACUUGAGGAGAAUCAUUGGCGAGAGAGAGAGUUUAAUUCAGUUUGCGGACCGAAUUGCAAAAACAGAAACCUGAAAUAUAUUCAUGCUAUCCUCACAGAUAAGUGGAAGGAGUGUGAGGUCGUGGAAACUUAGUUUGCACAAUUUACUUUAUUUGAUUUUCUACGAAAUCGGGGCAGUGACAGGUAGGCCUAAUUGGCAUUUGGGAGGUGAGUGACAUUGUGCCUAAGACACGGUAAAACUAUUUCCCCUGCAGUGCUAUAGCCUUUGCACAAUACGUAGAUGGGCUUUUCACCCUUUACAAGUGAAAUGAGCCAGUUUGAGUGUUUCAAAAAGAUAGGGCCAUUCGGGAACAAAGCAUGCACGUGGGUCUACGUGGGGCUGCACUGAUAAGAAAGACCUCUUACGCACGAGGCUCAACAAGCUCAGACGCGCUUCAGUUUGAUCAAUGAUGCGCUGUUAGAAUAUACCAAACGGGCUCAUAAUUAGUGAUGGUUAACAGUGGUUGGUCGGCUUUAAGGUUACUACAGUAUACUGUGUGGUAAAUGGUUAAGUAACGGUGUGAUGCUUAGGGGAAAUUACAAACUUUAACUUUCAAUAGAAGAGAUAAACAUAAUCACCGCGGUGGAUGACAAAUACAGUAAAAAGAUAAUCGAUGACUCGCGGUGUCGUG